CAGUAACCGAACCAAAUUCGUCUGAUUCGCACACGCGCAGAAUUGUUUUUCCAUAGCGUAUUGAGCGUAUUGUAGACUCGUUCUUUGUUUGGAGUCGAGUCGAACCGUAUAAUAUCCCGCAGACUUUAAAAAGAAUGCGGAUUCUUCCAAGAUUGUUUGCCACAGUUCUUUUGCUGAUAGCGCAAAAAACAAAUGCAGACAUUUCCGAUUGCGACUUCUUUGACACUGUCAAUAUAUCGACAGCUCAAAAGUUAUCAAAUGGCUCUUAUCUAUAUGAAGACUUGGUCAUUCCCGCUCAUUUGACGGGUGAAUAUGACUACAAACUUUUGUCGGACGACUCGAAGGAGAAGGUGGCGAGCCACUUAAGAGGAUGUGUCUGCAAAUUGAAGCCCUGCAUCCGGUUUUGCUGCCCUCACGAUCACAUAAUGCACGAAGGCACAUGCUAUGAUGACAUGACGCAGGAGGAGUCGGACGGGAUCGAUCCAUUCGUGAACUUGACGCUCGGCAACGGAUCGGUGGUCACGAGGCACUUUAAAAAAGAAUUCAUCUUGCAGUGGGACUUGCCCAUGCCCUGUGCCAAUAACAAUAUGUUCUACCUAGACAGCCGAGAAGAAACGGAUAAGUACACUCUUUUCGAGAAUGGAACCUUUAAACGCCACCAUGACAACGCGUUCUUCAGCAAGCGAGAAUACUGCCUCCAGCAUAUGGAACUCAACGACGAAGUCGAAAAAACAACUUUUUUGCAAAUUGUCCCUCACACCUGCCUGGUAGAGCAAUCUGAAACGGGAAGAACAGCGCAAACUGUCGUGAUGAUCAUUUCGUUGAUUUGUAUGGUGCUAACAAUCAGCGUGUAUCUCUUUGUCAAGAAACUACAGAACUUGCACGGCAAGUGCUUCAUCUGCUACAUGGUCUGUCUCUUCAUGGGCUACCUCUUCCUGUUGCUUAACUUGUGGCACCUAUCGUUUAGUUUCUGCAUUACAGCAGGUUUCCUGGGCUACUUUUUCGUCAUGGCCGCAUUCUUCUGGCUGUCUGUCAUCAGUCUGCAUCUUUGGAAUACGUUCAGUGGGACUUCCCACCAAGUCAACAGAUUCCUGCCGGAAUCUCGGUUUCUGACCUACAACAUGUUCGCCUGGGGAAUGGCGGCUCUCUUGACCGGAGUCACCUAUCUAGCUGCUAAGUUCGUGGAAAACGAGAAUUGGAAUCCUCGUGUGGGCAAAUCUGAAGAAUGUUGGAUCUUUACUUUGGAAUGGUCUGCCAUGCUAUACUUCUAUGGACCGAUGCUGUUGCUGAUUGUGUUUAACAUUACCAUGUUUAUCCUAACGUCUAUUCGCAUAAUGAGAGUUAAGAGGGAUAUCCAGAACUUUGCCAACAAGCAAGACAGGAAGCAAAAGCUCAACUCGGACAAACAGACAUACACCUUCUUUUUGCGACUCUUCAUCAUCAUGGGUCUGUCGUGGAGUUUCGAGAUAAUCUCUUACUUGGUGCAGAGCAACAAACCUUGGGCCAACGCUUUAAUGGUGGCUGACUACUUUAACUGGGGCCAGGGCAUCAUCAUAUUUGUACUGUUUAUUCUAAAGCCCAGUACGCUAAGACUUUUGAAGGAGCGACACCAUCCAAAAACCACGUGGAGUGCCAUCAGUUCGAGAUCGAGAGUAAGUCGAAGUACGACUGGUGCAUCUUUCAAUCGAUUCACAAGGACAAACUCUUCCGCACCAAACACAUCAUUAAAGUAGAUGACGCAUUUGCAUAACAAUAAGUGCAUCAGGAAAUCAAUACUAUUAAUUUAGUAAUUUAAGGAUGACGUUGUCGCGCUCGUAAGAUCAAUUAACUCUAUUAUUUGUAACAAAUUAAUUUCUGUUUGUCGUGAGGUAAUAACUCUAAUAUGUUUAAUUUACUUAACACUCGUAAGAUCAAUUAACUCUAUUAUUUGUAACAAAUUAAUUUCUGUUUGUCGUGAGGUAAUAACUCUAAUAUGUUUAAUUUACUUAACACUUGAAAUGAAAAAAAAAAGGAACAACUUAAAAUUUGUAACUAACAGUUUUAGCUUUAAGGCUCGUUUCCUCAUCCCCAUGGUAAGCAAAACUUAAGUUUUAAAAAGAUAAAUUACAUUCGGAUUAGUACGUAUCUUGUUUUGUAGUUUACAAUUAAGACGAGAAAAUGGGCCUAAAUGCUUAACCUUAACUCUCAAACUACAACAGCCUUUCAGUAAUUUUAUAUAACGACAUUACUCAUAAAUAAAUAAGUACAGCAACACAA